AUGCCUAAGUAUGCCAAGUUCCUAAAGGAUCUUCUCACAAACAAGAAGAAACUAGAGGAGCUGUCUACUGUCAUUCUUAGUGAGGAGUGUUCUGCAGUCGUGCAGAACAAGCUUCCUAAGAAGAUGACCGACCCGGGGAGUUUCACCAUCCCGUGUCUGAUAGGAGACCUUACUGUCAGCCAUGCGAUGGCCGAAUUAGGAGCUAGCAUUAACCUCAUGCCUUACUUCAUUUUCGCUAAGCUCAAUCUAGGGGAGCCAUCUCCUACGUGCAUGAGCCUUCAGAUCGCAGAUCAAUCUGUGAAGUUUCCACGUGGUAUCGUGGAGAAUAUGCUUGUCAAGGUUGACAAGUUCGUGUUUCCGGUGGAUUUCGUCAUUCUUGAUAUGGACGAGGAUUCUAAAGUUCCACUUAUUUUAGGACGUCCAUUCCUUGUUACUGCCCGAGCCGUCAUUGAUGUUCUUGACGGUAAGCUUACUCUCCGCGUCGACGAUGAUGCGGUCACCUUUGACACCCAGCAUUCGAUGAAGCAUACGCCACAGCAUGACGACACUCUUUACUUUAUAGACACUCUUAUGUCACAUGUGGGUAGUUUUCUCGGUGAGGUUUGCGGUAGAGAGUCUAUAGAGGCCCAGAUGUUAGGGGUAGAUAUCGAGGGCAUUGAGUUGACCAAGGUCGACCUAGAGCAGGAUCCACCAUUACCAUCUAGCGAGCCAUCGAUAGGAUCCGAGUGUUCUAAGAUUUCUAAGGUGUUUGAAGUGUUAGAGAGAAAGACUCCUGAGGAGAAACCAUCAGUGGAGAUACCCCCGCCUCUAGAGCUGAAGGAACUGCCAUCUCACUUGGAGUAUGCAUUCCUUGGCGAGGGAUCUUAG